GGAAGCCGGGCUCUCCCGGGGACGCCGCGGGGACGCGCGCGCUGGGACUCGGCGCCGGCCGCCAUGAAGGACUCGCUGGUGCUGCUGAGCCGGGUCCCGGCGCACCCGGACUCCCGCUGCUGGUUCCUGGCCUGGAACCCCGCGGGGACGCUGCUGGCCUCCUGCGGCGGCGACCGGAGGAUCCGCGUCUGGGGCGCCGAGGGUGACAGCUGGAUCUGCAAGUCUGUCCUUUCUGAAGGCCACCAGCGUACUGUUCGGAAAGUGGCUUGGUCCCCCUGUGGGAGCUACCUGGCCUCCGCCAGCUUUGAUGCUACCACUUGUAUUUGGAAGAAGAACCAGGAUGAUUUUGAGUGUGUAACCACUCUGGAGGGCCAUGAAAAUGAGGUCAAGUCAGUGGCUUGGUCCCCAUCUGGCAACCUCUUGGCCACUUGCAGCCGAGAUAAGAGUGUGUGGGUCUGGGAAGUUGAUGAAGAGGAUGAAUAUGAAUGUGUCAGUGUUCUCAACUCCCACACACAGGAUGUCAAGCAUGUGGUUUGGCAUCCCACCCAGGAGCUGUUAGCCUCUGCCAGCUAUGAUGACACAGUGAAGCUGUACCAGGAAGAAGAAGAUGACUGGGUCUGCUGUGCCACCCUUGAGGGCCAUGAAUCUACUGUAUGGAGCUUGGCCUUUGACCCCAGUGGCCAGCGCCUGGCAUCUUGCAGUGAUGACCGAACUGUCCGCAUUUGGCGCCAGUAUCUACCAGGCAACGAACAAGGGGUGGCGACCAGCGGCACUGACCCCAGUUGGAAAUGUAUCUGCACUUUGUCCGGCUUCCACUCCAGGACCAUUUAUGAUGUUGCUUGGUGUCAGCUGACAGGCGCCCUGGCUACAGCUUGUGGGGAUGAUGCCAUCCGAGUGUUUGAGGAGGAUCCCAGCUCAGACCCGCAGCAGCCCACCUUCUCCCUGACAGCCCACCUGAGUCAGGCCCACUCCCAGGACGUCAACUGUGUGGCCUGGAACCCCAAGGAACCCGGGCUUCUGGCUUCCUGCAGUGAUGACGGAGAGGUAGCGUUCUGGAAGUAUCAUCGGCCUGAAGGCCUCUGACUUGCGAGAGCUGUGGUUCCCUCUAGAAAAUAUCUCAAGACUUUCUCAGUCCAAAGGAAGAACUGAAGAUCUAACUUGGCUCAUCUGUUCGGAUUUUUGUACAAGCGUGGAGUCACGGGGCCAUUUGGUUUUCCCUCUUUUGACUUAAGGGUCUCAGUAGGACCACAGAACAUCAGUACAUUAUUAUGCCACAAAUUAUGCUUGCUUUAGGGCACGGUGUUAAAUUUUGGGGUGAAUAAGUAUUUAUAAUUGCUAUAUAUAUGUAGGAAAGGGUGUCUCUCAGACCCAAAAUUGUGAACUUUAUGGAUAUAUGCAUCUGUAUUCCAAGUCCUAUUUCAUAACAACAUUCACAGUUUUUUAGAAUUCCAUGUGAAUUGUCUGAGAUAGUUCUGCUUCCUCAAUUUCUAGAUAAAUCCUUGCAUUUAAGA